CCUAAGUGUUGAGUGCAAUGCUCAGAUAGUUCUACUUGUCUAUGGGUUUAGUCUCCCUGAAGCUAUGAAAGAGAUGGCCAUAAUACCAUUUGCUCAGCAAAUCUUUCUAGCAUUCUCUGUGUUCUUGUGGCAAAAUGCUCUGGGUGAAUCACCUAUUCUGUGGCAGUACCCAGCGACCAUUGAGAAGAACCAUGGAGAAUCAGCUACUAUCUUCUGUAAUCUUUCCAAAGAAAGAAUAAAUGAAAAUAUGAAUCUGGUAUGGUAUAAGUACACAUGGAAGGACAAAAACAAGCUUGGAGAAAUCAAUCUAAAUACAAGAAACUUCACAGCUAUUGACCAAAUUUGCUUGUCAUGGGAUGAUGGCAACUACACAGCAAAAAUGUCAAUUCAGCAACUGAAGGCAAAUGACUCUGGAAUGUAUGGUUGUGAGCUGCUUUCAGUUGCUGAGGGUGUGGAAAUUAGCAAAGCCAAUGCAACAAACAUCACUGUUACCUUUACUGAGGGACGGCUGACUGUUCCAGAACAAAGAAACAGUACGAACAGCACGAAUAAUGUGACAGAUUUCCUGCAAAAGGGAGCAAAUAUUCAGAUAAUCCUUGCAACAGUAAUAGCUACUUUUGUCAUCAUCUGUCUACUAAUUUUCAUUUUAAUCAGAUACCGACCAAAAAAACAAGAUCCAGAUGCCAGUCCCCCUACAGCGAAUACCAAUUGUCAGAAACAGAGCGAUCCCAUUUCCACCGUGUACUCCAUCGACUAUGCUGUACUCCAGGUCCCUGAGGAAAAUAUUCGGCAGAAUCUAACAACUUCUGUCGCCUCUGAUGAUUCGUACUAUGCUACAAUUAUAUUUGCCCCUCAAUAGCAAACUCCAGGGCAGAAAAUUGCUAGUGAUAACAGAGAGAAUUCUGCAUUUGGUUUAGUGACUCCUGACUACUUAGCUUUGUGAGGUCUCAGACAUCACAUUAUAUAAUCACAUGACCUUCUCUUAUACCCUUUUACUCAAACAUCGCAACUUAAGCCGAGAAUGAGACUUUAACCACUGGGGGAGAAAAUACCUAACCCAUACAAUCCUAUAUAAAAGUGGACAAUACUAGAAACAGAAUUUGUGGAACAGGAAACAAAUUUAACAUUUUAUGUCAAAGAUCCUUCAUCGUACAAUCCUCCUGAGGUGAGAACAAUUAACUGAUCCUGGAGGGAAGAGGGAGCCUUCAGAAGGUGCAGGAGGGACAUGUCAAAUUCUUUAGCGACAGCUUCAAGAUGAUAUCAUUGAAACAUCAUUCAUUCACAGACAGAUGGAACGUACAGCACUGCAAGGUCUGCUGCUACCAACCUUCCCCAUCCUUAGCUCUGAAUGGACUCUAAACAUUGCUCAUGUUAGUCAUGAUCUCAUAGAAUGGGUGCUGGAUUUUAUUUCUAUGGAUUAAAAUCUCUAUCGAUAACACUGCACAUAUUUGUAGUGCCUCUAAAAUUGAAUGGCAUUUUUGUACAGCAAUGUCAGAUAUUUAAAAUAUUCUUCACUUAACCUGCGAUGUGAAGAACAUAUUAGAUUGUAAUAGAUACCAGUUACUUUACAACACCUUAGCACAUUCAGGUGUCUCACACAAUAAUACUGGAAAUGUACCUGCACCUUGUAAGCUGUAAAAUUAUAUUCUGAAAUUCAACAUUGAUAUUACAGGUGCCCACACCUUUAAGGAUUGUAUCUGUGCUUUGAAAACCUUGUGAUUCAAUCAAGUCAAUUAAUGCAGUUUAUUGUUAGCCUGUUUUAGAGUGUGUGUUUUAUAUGGAACCAGGUGCCUGGGUUUUGAGAUUACGCUUGAUAAGCUAUAGCUCUUCUGAAAGUGUCUUUAUUGACAUGACCAACAGGAUCAUGUUUACAAAAUACUUCAGAUUGCACUUGCUGCCAGUAUAGACUGCAAUUCUUACAAAACAUGUGUUAAUUGUGUUAAUUAAUUAAUUACAUUCUAUAAGACAUGAGUCACAUUAGGAUUCAAACCUUUUGAUACUUACUGCAAUAGAAAUAUCUGUCCAUGGACAUCAGCAAUCGAUUCAGUGUGUCUGGUUUACAAAGAGGUACCCCAUGACCAGAUGGUUAUGAUUUCACAUGUUCACUUUUUUAAAGUACAAAUCAAAAUUGAUUUACAAGAUUUUAAUAAUACAAGAGAUCCAAAUUCAGAGAUCUUUGUAUUUGGGAGCUUGAGUUAUGGAUUAGAUCAGUCUAAAGUCUAAUGGUGCACCAUUUCACUUCCUUGAGUCUAAUGUGAAACAUCUUGUUGUGCUUGGAAGUCAUUAGAUCAGAAUGGUUUUUCACAAAUCCAUCCAUCCUGGUUUCAUCAAAUCUUGGAAGGUCGUACCAAAUGUUCUGAGAAAUGUAUG